AGAUUUAUCAUGGAGGUGAUGAGAGCUCUUCUGCUUCUCUUCUGUACACUUUCUCUGGGGACUACAGAAGCUGGAAAGUGCCCCUUUGGAUGGACCCCUUUUGGCGAAAAAUGCUACAAAUUCUUCUCUUCGCAAGUUGACUGGAUCACCGCAGAGAAAAACUGUCAGAGACUUAAUUCGAAUCUCGCAUCUGUGCGAAGUCAAGUGGAAAAUGAACUUCUGCUCAGUCUGGUGCCUGUUUCUGCACGUUGUUGGGUUGGCGGUCAUGAUUGGGUAGAAGAUGGACAAUGGUUGUGGAGUGAUGGGACCACCUUUGACUACACCAACUGGUGCGCCGCAGAACCUAGUGGCAAUACUGAGAACUGCUUGGAGAUAAACUGGACCAGUAAACGUUGCUGGAAUGAUGAGAAUUUUUCGACUUCAAUGGGCUAUAUUUGUGCUAAAGGCAUGUGA